ACCCUCUCCCGCCCCUUGUCCCUGUGCUCACCUCCAGCUCUACGGGUCCCUCCCUGGCCGACCGCCGCCUUUAUAACUGCUCGGCGCCGCCAGGUCGCAAUCGCUGCCUGGCGGGUCCUUUCCCAGCACCCAGGGGCGCCUGUGCCACGGUCACCCUCCCAGGACCAGGGGUAAGGAGCAAAGAAGGAAGGAACGAAGGAACGAAGGAACGAAGGAAGGGAGAAAAAGAAAAUUGGAUCAGGGAGGCCUUUCAGUGGACCAGAAUGACAUCCAAGUCCACAGUGGCCCCUGGCUGCGGCAGCCAUCUGAACUCCAAGUACCACAGACUGUGUGACACGUCAGAAGUGUGGGGCAUCGUCCUGGAAGCGCUGGCCACUGCUGGGGUGGUGACCACGGUGGCCUUCCUGCUGGCGCUGCUGGUCCUGGUCUGCAAGGUGCAGGACUCCUGCAAGCGGAAGCUGCUCCCAACCCAGUUCCUCUUCCUGCUGGGUGUGCUGGGGCUCUUCGGCCUCACCUUCGCCUUCAUCAUCGUGCUGGAUGGCCGCACGGGCCCUACGCGCUUCUUCCUCUUUGGCGUCCUCUUCGCGCUCUGCUUCUCCUGCCUCCUGGCGCAUGCGCUCAACCUGACCAAGCUGGUCCGAGGCCAGAGGUCGCUACCUCUGCUGGGCUUGCUGGGCCUGGCUCUGGGCUUCAGCCUGGUGCAAGAUGUCAUUGCCGUGGAGUACCUGGUCCUCACCAUGAACAGAACCAGCACCACCAUCUUCCAGGAGCUGUCCAGCCAGCGGCGCAAUGCAGACUUUGUCAUGCUGCUCAUUUACGUUCUCUGCCUCAUGGUGCUGACCUUUCUUGCCUCCUCCUUCACCUUCUGUGGCUCCUUCUCAGGCUGGAAGAGACAUGGCGCCCACAUCUACCUCACCACUCUCCUGUCCAUUGCCCUCUGGGUCACCUGGAUUGUCCUGCUCCUGAUCCCCAACAUAGAAACCAGGUGGGAUGACACCAUCCUUGCCUCUGCGCUGGUGGCCAAUGGCUGGGUCUUCCUGCUGGUUUAUGUCGGGCCCGAGUUUUGGCUGCUCACCAGGCAACGGAACCCCAUGGAUUACCCCAUGGAGGAUGCUUUCUGCAAACCUCAGCUCAUGAAGCAGAGCUAUGGGGUGGAGAACAGGGCCUACUCACAAGAGGAGAUAACUCAAGGUCAGGAAGAGCUGGGGGACACACUCUACGCUCCUUAUUCUACCCACUUCCAGCUGCAGAAUCGGACCUCCCAGAAGGAUUUCUCCAUCCCACGGGCCCAGACUCAGACCAGCCCUUAUAAUAACUACGAAGGCAGGAAAGAGGAGAGUUAGCUUCAGUCUGAAGAGCCGGAAGAAGUGGAGAGUUUGGAAGGGAUGUGGGCUUCAAGGACUCCCUACAAAACCUUGGGGAGAGCCCAGCUCCGCUGCUCUGCUGUUCUGGACUCCAGGGGGCGCUCUUAGCAGUGUCUCCCCCUUCAUCUCAGACUCUAGGACACUUCUUUUCAGUGGGAGUCUCAGGGUGAGCCUCUUAACUUCCCGUGAUUGAGGCCUUGCUCAUAGCCAGCUUCAGCUUCUGGUUUUGUGGGGGUGGGUUGGUGUGAAGCAGAACCAAAUCUGAGCAAAACCAGCAAAGGCCUGUCUCUCAGCCUCACCCUGCAAAAAUAUACACUGGGAGCUAUCUACUGGCACCCUCCCUUUGAUUGCCUGGGUUGGGUGACUACAGGUCACCCUCAAUCUGCUCAUCUCAGUGGGGGCUGAACCAGGGUCUCUAUAGGCCCUCAGAAACCAUUCAUAACCCACACCUUCCCUGUACCAUUCCCAAACUCGCUGUCAACCCCCAACCCUCAUCUCCCCAAAAUGCCUCCCCAACGGGCCCCCUGGACCUCAGAGCUGACCCUCCACCUCACCUGCUCCACCACCCCAGUGUGUGGGGGGGGGCUCCCUUGAACUUCACUGGUGGUUCCCAUUUCUCAUUGCCAGGGGCACCACUGUUACUCCACAUUCCCCGUGCUGGCUCCUCUCCCUCGCCUUCUCUGCCUCUGGGAGGAGACUCACUGAGUCCACCUCCUGGCUCCUGCAAUGGGCAUUGUCUACUAAUGGGGCUUCCCCUUGUGUGAUAACUUAUUCACUGCUCCUAGCUGGAGCAGCUUUAAUAAAGAUGUGGUGGCAAUUCU